AUGACGUUCAACGUCGACAGAAGCACUGACAUAAGAUCGCGGAAAAAGGGCCACUCGGGUCGCAACCUCAAGCACGACUCUGUCGCUCAACGACUCAAGCUGGUACCCAAGGCCCGCCGAAAAACGUUCCGAAUCUUCGUCAAGUACACCAGUACGAUCAAGCCACAGCUCACCGACGCGAACCAAGCAGUGCGCCUCAAGUGGGCCAUGGACCAUGUUCACGCAGUUACGCCCGACGACUACGCUUUCGCCGACAUGAUGAACGUUGUCCACGUGGACGAGAAGUGGUUCUUUGCCUCUCGUGUCAGCAAGUCGUACUACCUCGCUCCCGACGAAGAGCCCCCUCACCGAACAUGCAAGUCCAAGAAUUUCAUUACGAAGGUUAUGUUCCUCUCUGCGAUCGGCACCUGGCAUUUUACGGAAAAGGUCCCUGCCGCCCGUACAAGCAAGAACCGUCCCGCCGGAACACUUGUGACCGUGCCUGUGAGCGUGACGCGCGACGUCUACCGCGCUAUGCUGAUCGACAACGUCUUCCCUGCCAUCAAGGCCAAGUGGCCGGCUGGCGACACAUAG